UCGUCAUUCGUAUAUUGUGCUGUGCGGAGCAAACAGACAAAAGAAGGCAUCGCUUUUUCCCGCAAGGUCGCUCUUGGAAAAAUUUCAGAAAACUGCAAAGAAUAAACCACCGGAGAAACAGUACCCGUGUUGGUUACAGGACGUUUUCCCAUACAUCGCAGCUGUUGUAUUUUAAUACCCGGUUGAAACGAUGGCAAGCGCUGCCGAUAACUGGGUAAAAAAAGCGGAGGAUCAGGAAAUUUCCGCACUCGUUAACGAUCUGAGUAUCACCAAGGAUAAUGAACCAGAGCCGGCGGCCGAAAGCCCACAGAAAGAGAAUGUGGAAAAGCCUUCUAGUCCACCGGCAGCUGAACCAACGACGGUUACUCCUGUGGAAACGGCUGCACCUGCGGUUUUAAGUUCGGUAGCUACAGAAAUUCUUACUUUAGCAGCGACGGAAGAAAAACCAGCUACAAGCGAAAAUGGAGAAACAGCUUCCUCUACGGAAGAUGCAGAGGCAUUUAAUCCGGCGGAUGCAAGUUUGCUAAUGAAAAUUAUUCGCAAAGGUCUGGUAGAAUCAAAACUGGAUCUGGAAGUGCAACGAAAGGAUCCUUCUUCGCCGCUAUAUUCGGUCAAAACUUUUGAAGCUUUGCACUUGAAACCGGAACUGCUUCAGGGCGUCUAUGCUAUGGGUUUCAACGCCCCUUCCAAAAUUCAAGAGACGGCUCUACCUACUCUGCUGGCCGAUCCGCCACAGAACAUGAUAGCCCAGAGUCAGUCGGGAACGGGAAAAACUGCUGCCUUUGUUCUGGCAAUGCUCAGUCGAGUCGAUCCGUUGAAGAACUAUCCGCAGGUGAUUUGCCUUUCCCCCACGUACGAGUUGGCAAUACAAACGGGCGAAGUAGCUGCCAAAAUGGCAAAGUUUUGUCCGGAAAUCAAGCUUCGCUACGCCGUUCGUGGUGAGGAGAUUGCUAAGGGGGCAAAGCUGACUGAUCAUAUCAUCAUCGGAACACCCGGUAAGCUGAUGGACUGGGGUAUAAAGUUCCGGGCGUUCGAUCUGAAGAAGAUUGCCGUUUUCGUGCUGGACGAGGCGGAUGUUAUGAUCGCUACCCAGGGCCACCAGGAUCAGUGCAUCCGGAUACACAAGCAGCUGUCGUCGUCCUGUCAGAUGAUGUUCUUUUCGGCCACGUACGAGCGAGAGGUGAUGGAGUUCGCCGAAUAUAUCGUACCCAAUCCGAUCGUGAUUCGGCUAGCGCGGGAGCAGGAAUCACUGGACAACAUCAAACAGUACUACGUCAAGUGUCGCAAUCAGGACGAGAAGUAUCAGGCAAUUUCGAACAUCUACGGUGUGAUUACGGUCGGACAGGCAAUCAUUUUUUGUCAUACACGCAAAACGGCCGGUUGGUUGUCCGGUAAGAUGUCCCAGGAUGGUCACUCGGUAGCGGUACUGUCCGGUGAUCUAACGGUGGAGCAACGGUUGGCCGUGCUGGAUCGAUUCCGAGCCGGGCUAGAGAAGGUGCUGAUUACAACGAACGUGUUGUCCAGGGGUAUCGACGUCGAACAGGUGACCAUUGUCGUCAAUUUCGACCUACCGAUGGAUCAGCAGGGACGAGCCGAUUGUGAAACGUAUCUGCAUCGAAUUGGACGCACCGGUAGAUUCGGUAAGAACGGAAUCGCCAUCAACCUGGUGGACAGUGAUCGAAGUAUGAUGAUUUGCAGAUCGAUCGAAAAACACUUCCAGAAAAAGAUUCAGCUACUGGACGCGGAGAACUCGGACGAGAUUGAAAAGAUCGGAUCGUAAAGUGUUUUCGAUCAGCUACAAUCGGUGAAAGGCGCAGGAGCAUUUUUGGUUCAUACUUAUUCCGAUUCUGAAUUUAUAAUUUUAUUUAGCUCCACCUACUUGAUUUCCUUAAGUUGAUGAGCGCAAAGUUUCUCCUUCGCGAAAUGAAGAUUUGUUAGGUAUAGAAACUAAUCCAAGGAUCGGUGACGCGAGGAUUGUUUAGCGCAUGUUUAAUUGUUUUAACUUGCAGUUAAAUGGACUCUUGAAAAAUACUACUUUGUUUUUUAAAUUUUUAUUUCGUCGUUGAACGGCCAGUAGAGUAAAGUUGCGGAAAAAUUGGUGUAGAAGCAGAUGAAAAAUAUUUUACUCAUUACCAUGUGAAACAAUAUUCCAAGAAGACAGAACACAGCUAUAAAAAUACACAAGUCGUAACUAAUA